CAGACACAGAAUUCAUAAGUACCCGCCGACUCGACUCUUCGAAAAAAGCGGUGGCUGCAAAAACGCCUCAUCACCGCUCUCCCAAAAAAGGGUAAUAGAGCUGGAAAAAAAGUGAAAAAAUAACUGAAAUAUUGAAUCCCAAUUCGCUUUCCUCUUUCCAGAGGAGCAGUGGGUCAGUGGGAGCUUAUUGAAUUGUGGGGGAGAAAUUGUAUUGUGUCGAGGAAGACACGAGAUUGAAUCGAAAGAAUGGGUUUUAGCGUGUGUUCUUCUUCAGCCGAGGUUUCAUUUUCUUGUUUAGAGACCAUUUCCUUGGGCAAGAAUUUGAAGUCUGUUGUUCCGAGAGGUUUCACUAGACUUGGUGACUUGAACAAGAAAGACAGAAAUGAUGGGUUUGUGAAGAAGGCAUUGGUAUCCAGCCAUUUAGUUCCGGGGCACUUGGAAGGGUCAUAUGUAGGAAGGAAGCAGCUGAAGGAACCAGCUUCCAAGUUGGAAUUUGUGCGGACGUUGUUGAUUGACAAUUAUGAUAGUUACACAUAUAAUAUUUACCAAGAGCUGUCUGUCAUCAAUGGAUUGCCUCCUGUGGUGAUUCAUAAUGAUGAGUGGUCUUGGGACGAUGUUUGUCAUUACCUAUAUGAAGAAAAGGCAUUUGACAAUAUUGUGAUAUCUCCUGGGCCUGGUUCUCCAACUUGUGCUGCUGAUAUAGGAAUAUGCAUUAAGCUGCUGCUUGAAUGCACGGACAUCCCUAUUUUAGGUGUUUGCCUUGGUCAUCAGGCUUUAGGUUAUGUCCAUGGUGCUCGGGUCAUCCAUGCUCCUGAACCUAUACAUGGACGGUUGAGUGAUAUCGAGCAUAAUGGUUGUGGAAUGUUCCAUGGGAUUCCCUCUGGAAGAAAUUCAGGAUUUAAGGUGGUUCGAUAUCACUCCCUUGUGAUAGACCCAAGCUCACUUCCCAGGGAACUCAUACCUAUAGCUUGGACCUCUUAUCCUGAAACGUCACCCUUUCUAGGAAUCCAAAACUUUGAUUCCUACCUUGAUGAUUUUGAGAGGCAAGCUGGCCCCUGUAAUUUUGCUAAAUCAUUAUCCACAAAAUCAGAUAAUGGUUUGCAAUGGCAUUCUUCCAACUCAUCAGAGAUGCAGAGUGGAAAUAUUCUUAUGGGAAUUAUGCAUUCCAGCAGGCCUCAUUACGGCUUGCAGUUUCAUCCAGAGAGCAUAGCUACUAGUCAUGGGAGGCAAAUAUUCAAAAACUUUGCAGAAAUCACAAAGGAGUACUGGUUUAGGUUGAGAUCAUCCUCGAACAGCCAGAAGAAGGUUCAUUAUGCUGCAUGCAUGCAGGUGCCUAGAGUAACUCAACUAUUCCAAGAUGUUGUCAGAAGCAAGAAUGUGGUGAACGGAUUUGACGACAAUAUGCAUGCUAGCCUCUGCAACUUAAUGAAGCCAUUACGUUCCAGAAAUGCAAAAAAUUUGAAGCUAAGAUGGAGAAAAGUUGAAUGUACCAUCAGCCAAGUCGGUGGAGCAGGAAACAUAUUCUGUGAGCUGUUUGGAGAUCUUCAUGCGGAAAACACAUUUUGGUUGGAUAGUUCCUCGAUAGAGAUGAGAAGAGCUCGCUUUUCAUUUAUGGGGGGUAAAGGUGGGUCACUCUGGAGACAAGUGACGUUUAGAUUGUCAGACAAGAGUUCCAGUGAUACAGAAAUUAAUCGUGGAGGCUAUCUAUCAAUUGAAGAUGCCGAGGGCUCUAUUAGAAAUACUUAUUUGGAAGAUGGAUUUUUUGACUUUUUGAAUCAGGAGCUCCAGUCAUUUUGCUAUGAUGCAGCUGAUUAUGAAGGAUUGCCUUUUGAUUUCUUCGGUGGCUAUAUUGGUUACGUUGGGUAUGAUCUUAAAGUUGAAUGUGGGGCGUCUGCAAAUCGUCACAAGUCAAGAGUACCUGAUGCUUGCCUCUUCUUUGCCGAUAAUCUUGUCGUUAUAGAUCAUCAUUGUGAUGAUAUUUAUGUCAUGUCUAUACUUGACGAGAACACAAGUGCCACUCUUUGGUUGGAUGACGUUGAGAAGAAGCUUCUGAAUAUGAAACAAUGCCCUCCCAGAAAGCCUGUGUCUUUGGCAUCCAGAGUUUCUGUUAGAAAUUCUCCAGGAAACGGGUUUACAGCUGAGAAAUCGAGGGAGCAAUAUAUCACGGACAUUGAAAAGUGUCAGAAGUUUAUAAAAGACGGAGAAAGCUAUGAGUUAUGCCUUACGACACAGAUGAGAAGGCAAGUAGGGGAAAUGCAUGCGCUGGGACUUUAUCUUAAUCUUCGAGAAAAGAACCCUGCCCCCUAUGCUGCCUGGCUGAACUUUCCGAAACAUGAUUUAUGCAUUUGCUGUUCUUCGCCUGAAAGGUUCCUACGGUUGGACAGGAAUGGCAUUCUAGAAGCAAAGCCCAUCAAGGGUACCAUAGCUCGUGGAGCAUCUCCAAAGGAAGACGAACUGCACAAGCUACAACUGCAAUACAGUGAGAAGGACCAAGCUGAAAAUUUGAUGAUUGUCGACCUUCUGAGGAACGACUUGGGACGUGUUUGUGAGCCGGGUUCUGUGCACGUGCCUAAUCUUAUGGAAGUCGAAUCUUAUGCUACCGUGCACACCAUGGUCAGCACGAUACGUGGGAAGAAACGAUCAAACGUCAGUGCGGUUGACUGUGUUCGGGCUGCAUUUCCUGGUGGGUCAAUGACAGGAGCGCCAAAGUUGAGAUCGAUGGAAAUUCUUGACUCCCUGGAAAGUAGUUCUAGAGGCAUUUACUCCGGAUGCAUCGGGUAUUUCUCAUACAACCAAACCUUUGAUCUCAACAUUGUCAUCAGAACUAUCGUCAUACACGAAGGCGAGGCUUCGAUUGGAGCAGGAGGUGCCAUUACAGCUCUUUCAAAUACUAACGACGAGUAUGAAGAAAUGGUGCUGAAAACCAGAGCUCCAACUAAGGCUGUAACGGAAUAUCAGAACCGAACAGCACCGCCUCUAGCACAAGCAUAUGCUAAUUCUCCAGAUAAGAGUCCUAAAUAGGCCAUGCACGACUACAGCAACAACAGCAAAGCAAUAGGACUGGAUUAUACGCAUUCUUUACGGGAGCCAAGCUGCUCAUUGAACUAAUAAAGGUAAAUCUCCCAUUGUUGUUUUUACUCAUUUCUCAAGGAUUUCUGAAGGAAGAUGAAGGCCUGAAGGUAGGAUCAAAAGCUUUUGAGGAUUUGUAUGCUUUGAAUUAUAUAUUGUUUAUGGAAGUAUUAGGCUAAGAGCCUGAAAACCUGCAGCAAACUGCGUGAUGUGUGUUUUUACAGCUCUUUCUUCUCAUAGUUUGUUUAUCUUCUAGUCCAUAUGAAGAGGAAAUGUUUGUGUAUA